GUCAACUCUGCAGGGGAGGAGGUUUCCAACUCGCCUCCCUUUUUACAUCAGUCGCUCACUCCUCUCAUCUCAUCUCCUCUCCUCCUCUCCAUCGCGGUUCCUCCUGCACAGCGUGGCCUGGUAAGCAAUGGACGACCGGCUGCCGAAGCUGCCUCUCCUCUCCUCCUCCUCCUCCAUGUCGCCGGGCCAGUCUCCCAGCGCCAGUGGGACCGAUGACAGCAGAGGAGCCAGGAGCCCAGCACCAGGCAAAGCUCUGAGCCCGACCCUGGUGUGUAAAGUGUGUGGGGACACCAGCAGUGGGAAACACUACGGCAUCUACGCAUGCAACGGCUGUAGUGGCUUCUUCAAGCGCAGUGUUAGGAGAAGGCUAAUAUACAGAUGCCAGGCAGGUACUGGGAUGUGCCCGGUUGACAAAGCCCACAGGAACCAGUGCCAGGCCUGCCGCCUGAAGAAGUGUCUCCAAGCUGGCAUGAACAAGGAUGCGGUGCAGAACGAGCGUCAGCCGCGCAGCACGGCCCAGGUGCGUCUGGACGCGCUGGACAUCGACCCAGAGAAGGAGCACCUGGCCACCACCCGAGAGCCCACCUCCUGCUCCUCCUCCUCCCACUCCCACUCCCACUCAUCCUCUUCCUCGUCCCACUCCUCAUCCCACUCCUCCUCCUCUGCAGCCGCCUGCGCUCUUGUGGCCCGGCCAAUGAUCACCUCCGCAGUGAGCUCCUCGGCCCAGAUGCAGAUGCAGCAGCGUGGUGCUGGUGGUGGUCCCCAGAACAACCACCGCUUCAUGGCCAGCCUCAUGACCGCAGAGACCUGCGCCAAGUUGGAGCCCGAGGAUGUUGACGAGAAUGUUGACGUGACCAGUAACGAGCCAGAGAGGUCUGCUGCGGAGUACCAUGUGUCCCUCUAUCCAUCCAGCGGCCCAGAGAACGUGUACGAGACCUCCGCUCGCCUCCUCUUCAUGUCCGUCAAGUGGGCAAAGAACCUGCCGGUCUUCUCCAAUCUGCCCUUCAGGGAUCAGGUGAUUCUCCUUGAGGAGGCCUGGAGUGAGCUCUUCCUGCUGUGCGCCAUCCAGUGGUCUCUGCCAUUGGAGAGCUGCCCUCUGCUCUCACUGCCCGACCUGGCUCCCAGCAUGCAUUGCAAGUCUCCGCUGUCCGGCAUGGACGUGCGGCUGCUGCAGGAGGUCUUCAGCCGCUACCGCAACUUGACCCCUGACCCCACUGAGCUGGCCUGCCUCAAGGCAGUGGUCCUCUUCAAGCCAGAGGCCAGAGGUCUGAAGGAUCCUGACCAGGUGGAGAACCUGCAGGACCAGUCUCAGGUGAUGCUUGGCCAGCACAUCAGGGCCCAUUACCCUGGUCAACCUGCCAGGUUUGGGAGGCUGCUGUUGCUGCUGCCAUCUCUGCGGUUAGUGAGCUCUGAGCGAAUUGAGCUGCUGUUUUUCCACCGCACCAUUGGGAACACGCCCAUGGAGAAACUGCUAUGUGACAUGUUCAAAAACUAG